UCCGGCUCCGGGCCCGGGCGGCGGGGCUCUGGUCGCGCUCUGGUGUCGGGCCCCGGGGACCCCGAACGGCGGCGGCGGGAUGGCCAAGGCGCUGACCCCCAGGCGCGCCCCGGGAGACCCCCUGGCUGAGCCGGGGCUUGGCAAGAAGCCUCCUCGGAAGAAAAGCAGGAAGAAGAGAGUCUGGAAAAGCAAAGGGCGAGAAGCAAGCGGGACACCGGGAGGCGGCGCCAGGGUCGUCGUCGUGCGGCCUCCAAAGGCGCCAGAGGACUUUUCCCAAAACUGGAGGGCGCUGCAGGCGCUCCUGAAACGAAAAACACAGGCCCUGGAAAAGCCUCUUGUCUCUCAGAUGGAUUCCAAAAUGCAGCCCAAGAUUAUCCAACAAAAAAAAGUGAUCCCAGAUACAGCACAGAGAAGUGAGAUGGGAUCGGAGACCACAGACCCCGAGGUCUCCGGUGCCUCCGUUCCCUCAAUAUCUCCAAGGAACAGGAAGGUGCCAGCACCCCCCGCAAAGGCCAAAGGAGCAGAGCACAAUGAGAAAGGAGCCAAGAAAAGGACAAACGGUGACAUUUCUCCAAAAGGAGGAGACAUCAAGCAUAAGAAGCGGAAAGCUAAGGAGGUGACUGUGGCCUUGACUCCGGCCCUGCCCACUGAAGACGACAUCUGGUUUGAUGACGUGGACCCGGCGGAUAUUGAAGCAGCCGUGGGCCCCGAGGCGGCCAGGAUAGCAAGAAAGCAGCUGGGGCAGAGCGAAAGCAGCAUCACGCUGGUGAAGGAGCAGGCCUUCGGCGGCCUGACUAGAGCCUUAGCCAUGGAUUGUGAGAUGGUGGGCGUGGGCCCCAAGGGGGAAGAGAGCAUCGCUGCCCGAGUGUCCAUUGUGAACCAGUAUGGGAAGUGUGUUUAUGACAAGUACGUCAAGCCCACGCAGCCGGUGACGGACUACAGGACGGCGGUCAGCGGGAUACGGCCAGAGAACCUCAAGCAGGGAGAAAAAAUUGAAGUUGUCCAGAAGGAAGUGGCAGACAUGCUGAAGGGCCGGAUUCUGGUGGGACACGCGCUGCGUAACGACUUGAAGGUGCUGUUUCUCGAUCACCCAAAAAAGAAGAUUCGGGACACACAGAAAUACAAACCUUUCAAGAGUCAGGUGAAGUCCGAUCUCUGUGACGAGACCCCCAGCUCUGGGGAAGAAGCUGCCCUCGGACCUGCUGCAGACAGAGGCCUGAGGCUGGAAGGCGGAGAGUGGAAGGCCAUCUCUGAGGCUGCUUGCAGAGAGGAUCCUGGGGAUCAGGGUGCAGCAGGCAGAGCACUGUUCGAUUCAGGAUGCCCAGGCAGCAAUGAGACUCUACGUCCUGGUGAAGAAGGAGUGGGAGAGUAUGGCCCGGGACAGGCGCCCCACAGCCCCUGCUCCAGACCGCAGCAGCAUCUCCGUCCCUGGGCGGUCGUGACCAAGCACGGGACAGCUCGGGUCUCCCCAGAGCGGCAGCUCUGGCAAAACACGUUCACCGUCCCGGCAGCAGGGCGUGGGGGCGCGCUGCUGAGAACCGCUUCUUCCCUCUGAGUUUGCCAUCUGAGACCUGGUCCACCGCUGGAGGUGGCUGGCGGGGAUAGGCGCAGAGGGGCACCUGGACCUCUGCCAGGACGGGGAGUCGGGGCCGUCUGCGCCCUGCUGUCACCGGCGGAAGCUUUGCCGGGGAUUUGCCCCAUCCCAGGGGUGGGAAGUACCCAGUCCACUGGGUUUUCCGCGCCUUCCUUGGAGGAGGCCCCUCUCCUUCCUCUGCCUCGAGUCACGUAAAAAUUCCACUGGACUCAACGGGCCCGGGCCCGUCUUGGAGUUAGCUGUGGCUGCCUUUGGACUCUGAUUUUCCGAGGGCGCCAUUCCUUUCUCAGCCCCCACCCCCAGCCCAUGUAUACACCUGCCACGUUUAAGGGCAGGGCCCACGGGGUGGCGCUGGAGCUCCAGUUGUCCAAGCUCGGUGACACCCGUCGCCCCCUGUCUAGGACGGACGUGCUGACCCCCGGCUGUUGAGCUGGAGCACAGGUGUGAGGGUCUUCUGAGAAUAGUCAGGAGCAGCGGGUCGCACUCAGUGCAUAAAGCCCCAGGCUUCACCGAGCCACCUGGCCGCUGCACAAGGAAGGCCCAAACCCACUGACGAUAUUCAACAUAAAUGCAGGUUUUUACUGGA